UAUAUAUAUAGAUAGAUAUAGCUACCAAGCUUUUCACCUGAGUACAGAUGUCCCAAAAGCUUAAAUUUUAAUUUGUGUAGGUCUUCAAUGGGGAGAUCACCUUGCUGCGAAGAUCAGAAUGGCCUGAAGAAGGGUCAUUGGACCGGUGAGGAAGACCGGAAGCUCGUCGAGUACGUACAGAAGCAUGGACAUGGCAGCUGGAGAUCCCUUCCAAAACUUGCAGGUUUAAAUAGAUGUGGGAAAAGUUGCAGACUGAGAUGGACAAAUUACUUGAGGCCAGAUAUCAAAAGAGGCAACUUCUCUAAGGAGGAAGAGCAAACCAUUCUCAAUCUCCACUCCCUGCUCGGAAACAAAUGGUCGGCGAUCGCCUCGCACCUCCCUGGUCGAACCGACAACGAGAUCAAGAACUACUGGAACACUCACUUAAAGAAGAAGCUCCUCCAACUUGGGGCCUUGCUAGAGUGGUCGCAGCAGCUCCAGCUGUUGGCUUUCAUGGGGAGCGGGGCAGCAUCAGAGCCCAACUGCCUUGUCUCCCAGAUGACAACAGCUCCUGUCCCUUCCAUGCCUCUUACUCAAAAUCUAAACUCAUUUCAAGGCAUUCAAUCUUCGACAUGGAUGGGGUUGAGCUGCCCGGACGAGAACUCGAUACUAAUGUCUCCUCAAUUGCCUCUUCCUCCAAUCGCAGACAUCGAUUUCGGGCACUCAACCAGCAGCAGCUCCAGCUGCAUUGACAAUGGCAACUACCUUCCUUUCUCCUGGCCUGAGAGCUUGUUGGAUGAUCCAUUCAUCACUGAUCACUUCCCCUGAUCUCACUCGUUUCUUGUUGUUUUCCCUUCUUUAAGGGAAAAUUGGCCUUUGCACAGUAUGUGUA